AUUCUACCUGAGGUGAUAACAGUUCAAAAGAUCUAUGACUCUAUUCUUCGUAUAGCACAAGAAGUGUCGCAUGUUAAUUUUCUCUACUUCUCGAUCUUCAAACGUUCAUUGGGUGAAUAUGCUUCAUCUAUUUGUGUUCAUAUUCAUAUUUCAUAACAUUCAAUGUCUAACAUUACAGAAAGAAUUUGCUUUUCUUGAUCCUCACGUUCUUGCAUCUGUCAAUGAUGAUUGUGACCCAUCAACAAUACCUGUCAUGGACAGUUUUGAUAUAAAAAGAUUUUCAGGAAAAUGGUUUGAGCUCGCGAAAACUGCAGGAGGAUACAUCGAUGUUUCGGAUGGCGUGUGGCUAAUAGAAGGCACCAACACAACAAACAAGUUCCUAUACAGUGGACGAGACAACAAUCAGCAUUGUAUAAGGCCCAUCAAAGGAGCCGUAUCAGCUGCUAAGGAGCCUCCUGGGAUGCUCACAUUGAAAUACCAAACUUAUUCAACCCAUGUGGAAGAAACUGUCAGGGUUCUAUUUACUGAUUACGUGUCCGUGGCGGUCAUCUACACAUGCAUGUUCCAUGUUCAUCAUGUAAAAGAAGUAUGUCAUGCGGCCGGUCUUUUCGGCGCUAUUUGGACAAGAAAACCUCAUGUGGAUGUAGAAGUAUACGAAAAAGCAGUGCAGUAUCUUGAAAUGGCCUGCAUCCAAAAAACAACCCUAAUUAUUAGAAAUGUCAUCGGACCAUGCAGAGUUGAUAAUUGGGAUUUUAGAAUUGAUGACUUCCCAGCACCAGAUUAUUGUUACCAACCUGUGGAUUUGGGAUCUUGCCGUGGAAGCAUUCAGCGGUAUUACUUUGACCCGAAAGAAAAGAUUUGCAAGAUAUUCAACUACGGAGGCUGUGGCGGAAAUAAAAAUAACUUCAUGUCACUCCCAGAAUGCCAGAAAAACUGCAUUACUGCUUCUGAGAAAGAUCCGGUGUGCAUGUCCAUUGCUAAAUGUGGGUUGCACUGCUCACCCUGUUGUACAGAAGACAGAAAUGGCUGCGUGCAGUGCAACUGUGAACAUAUAAUAGAAGAUGACUUCCUGAACUGCGUCAAAACUCCAUCUCAGUGUGCUUCUGAUUGUGAUGUUGAACAUUUUUAUCCUGGUUGCUACGUCUGCAGAUGCGACAGAGAAAUCAAAAUUGAUGAAUCGGCUCUAGGAGUUUGCAAUGAGGUGAAAGUUGUGGGAAAUUGCAACAACAAAAUAGAGCGUUUCUAUUAUAAUAAUGUCGAUGAUAAGUGUGAGAAAUUUAUUUAUUCUGGAUGUAAUGGGAAUAACAACAAUUUCAAUACUAAACAAGAAUGUGAAGAAAAAUGUUUAAGUUCAAAUAAUGUGUUACAGAAUUCUAUGCAAAAAAUACCAGAUGAUGAUGAACCAGAUGAUUCCACAGCAAUCAGAUGCAAUUUUUUGCUUAUCUUGCUUGCCAUAUUUUCAAUAUAUUUUCAUAACAUUAUAAUCACACAUUCAAAAAUUCUCUAAAAGACCAGUAAAAUAUGUUUAAAUGUU